AUGGACUUGGAAAGCUCAAUGGCUUAUAACUUGAGGAAAAGGGACUUUCUGAAUAAAAAGAUUCCUAAUUUGGGAUCGACAAGCGGUUCGGAUAAUGAAAGCAAUGAUUCUACUCAUUCUGACCCCGACUAUGGGAAGCCUAUGCCUGCAAGGAACAAUGGCAGACCAUCUGGUGCAAUACAGAGGGGUGGUGGUAUCCGAAUAGGAGAUACUGCGCCUGCAAGUUCCAGCAAGCAUGCUGCGACCACGCAGAAAAGGCGGCCAGGGCGGCCCCCAAAGGCAAAGGCCAAUGGGGCAGAAGACAGGCUAGGCAACAUAGAGGAGAGAUGUACGAGGAGGAAAAGAAAGAAUAUCUCGCAGUCGCCUGUAGGAUGCAUAUAUAAGAGAACUGUAUUGGCUUGGUUGAUAAGCUUGGGUAUAGUUGGACAACAUCAAAAAGUCUCGUACGUUGAUGAGGAUUCUGGACGUAUAUUGGCAGGAGGCAAAAUCAGAGCGGAGGGCAUUGUAUGUGACUGUUGUUCUCGUGUGAUUACAGUAGGAGACUUUGAGAUCCAUGCCGGACGUGACACCAAAAAGCCCUACCAGCAUAUAUUUUUGGCAUCGUCACAGAUUUCCUUGUUGGAAUGCCAAAUAGAAGCAUGGGUAGAUAGGAAGGAAGAAGGAAAUCGUGCAUACAACAACGUACAGCCUGCACCAGAAGCUACUGACAAAAGUGAUGAUGCCUGUAUGGUUUGUGCUGAUGGAGGGAACUUGGUUUGCUGUGAAAGAUGUCCCUCAACGUGUCAUUCGAGCUGCAUUUUCGUGGGGGACAACAUUUCCGGAGAUGAAUGGCUGUGUCCAUAUUGUGUCUGCAAAUACUGUGCCCGCGGGGAUGGCACUUUAAAGAAGUGUACCCAUUGCGAAAAACAAUAUCAUUGCAAGUGUGGAGGAGAAAAGCUGGACCUGAAUUCUCCGACCUCCUUGUUCUGUGGAGACAGUUGCAAGCAGAUAUAUGAAGGGUUACAAAGCAUGCUUGGAGUUAGAAAUGAUCUUGUCGGUGGCCUUUCUUGGACUCUACUCCAGCGGACAGAGCCGAUAUUCACUGCCCAUGCAGGUGUUGAUUACAACAAGGUAGUGGUCAACUCUAAGAUUGCUGUCGCCUGGAUGGUCAUGAACGAAUGUUUCGUGUCAUCCAUAGACCGCUAUUCAAAAGCCAAUGUUGUGCAAAGUAUUGUCUACAAUAUUGGGUCCAACUUGACGCGUCUUAAUUUUAGUGGCUUUUAUACUGCUGUCCUGGAAAAGAAUGACGAAAUCAUCUGUGCUGCAAGCGUAAGGGUGCAUGGAAAAAGGUUGGCUGAGAUGCCCUUCAUCGGAACCCGUAGAGAAUUCAGGCGUCGAGGGGUGGCUCGCACCCUGGAAAAUUGCGUUGAAUCUGUCCUUUGCGAUCUAAAAGUUGAGAAGCUGGUGAUUCCAUCUCUCCAACAACUUACUGGCAUGUGGACGGAGAAGUAUCUUUUCUCCAACAUCGAGGAGGACCGCUUGAAAAUGGAGCUCAGCCAGUACAAUACUGUGACGUUCCCAAGUUCAGUCGUGAGACUGCAGAAGACCUUGUCGACGCUUCCUGACUUGAACGGUGGUCCUUCUCCUUCCGAAACCAAUGAAGGUUCAUUGAAUGCCAUUUAAAAGUUAUCUUCAGCAAUCAGAAUCACAGUGUUUGUUUCAACGCAGUUUCUAGUCAUGCUGUACACAUGGGGUUGUUGCUUAUACUAGUUGCAGGCUUGCAGAC